UCUGCCGCGGCCGCUGCAGUGCAGUCGGCGGCCGGCACCAGCCGUGUGGUGCCGCCGAGAGAGGUGACCAUGCAGCUCCCGUGGCUGGUGACGGCGCUGCUGCUGGUGGUGCUGGUGCAGACAGGUUACGCCCAGCAGCGGACCGAUGACCGCACCGUGCGGCGUCGGUGCGGGCAGGGCGAGGCCACGUGCGGCGACGGACGCUGCAUCGACUACCGUCGUCUGUGCGACGGCCGCGCCGACUGCGUCGACGGAUCAGAUGAACUGGACUGCGGAGCCAGCCGAUGUCAGCCCAACGAACUACAGUGCGACAACGGCAAAUGCACGAUGAAACACUGGCGGUGCGACGGAGACAACGAUUGCGGAGACAACACAGACGAGCGAGACUGUCAACAGCGCGUGCCGGGCUCGCGGUGCACCGCCAGUGAGUUCCAGUGCGCCGACCGGCUCCAGUGCAUCCCGCGCUCCUUCCAGUGUGACGGCCAAAACGACUGUCUGGACGCCAGUGACGAGCGCGGCUGUGUGGCGCCGACCAUUGUCGAACAGCCGCCGGCAGUGAGUGUCAUCAGCAUUGGCGGGGUGUUCGUGAUCCGGUGCCGGGCCGUGGGCACCCCCACUCCGGAGAUCUCUUGGAGAAGAAACUGGCGACACGUGCCCGAGAAGUGCCGACAGGAGAGCGUGGAGGGCCGCGGUACGCUCACCUGUCCGGACGCGGCCGUCUCUGACCAGGGCGCCUACUCGUGCGAGGCCAUCAACACGCAGGGUGUGGUGUUCGCCGUGCCCGACACCAAUGUGGUGGUGACCAACGGCGGCAUCUGUCAGCCGCCCGAGUUCAAUAGCGCCGCGCUCACCAACGACGACUGCCGGCGCUGCUUCUGCUUCGGCGUCUCCACUGACUGCGCCAGCUCGGCGCUCUUCGUAUCAGAGCUGCCGGCGCCCGACCCGAGCGCAGUCUCACUGCACAGCAUAGACUCGGUGCCGGGAUCGCAGGACGCCUGGGAGAUUCAGCGGCUCAGAGAGCGGCCCUACCCCGGCCGGCAGGGCGAGAUUCAGGUCCGGCCACCGCAGCUGUUUGACUCGGACAGCUACUUUGGCUUGCCGAGCUCCCACACAGGAAACCUGCUCAACAGCUACGGCGGCUACCUGCGCUUCUCCCUGAGCCAGGAGCCGCCGUCGGACGGCGCUCCGGAGGUCGUCAUCCAGGGUAACGGUAUCACGCUGUGGUACCGAGCCGACAUUCAGCCGGCCGGCGGAGACUUUAUCAUCCGAAUGGACGUGGGCAGCUUCUACUCAUCGUCGAGGUUCGACCGCGAGCCGCAGCUGGCCUCGCGAGACGAGAUCAUGAUGACUCUUCAGAACGUGGAGGGAUUCUACAUCAGGGCGCCGCCGACGUCUCCGCCGGGCUCUACCGUGGUGCUGAGCGGAGUCCGGCUGGACACGGCGAUCAGGUCGCAGACGCCACAGGGGCCGGCGGCGCUGGUCGAACAGUGCCGCUGUCCGCCCGGCUACACAGGCAACUCCUGCGAGGAGUGUGCACCCGGCUACGAGCGCCAGCCCAGCGCGGACCGACUGAGCCUGGGCACCUGUGAGUCGCCGCGCCCGACGCCGCCGCCCGUCCCUGAGCGCUGCAGGGACGGAGAAUAUGGCGACCCUCGGCGCGGCAUUCCCUGUCGGCCCUGCCCCUGCCCCGGCGGACAGCAGCAAUUCGGCCAGACAUGCUACCUUGACUCGGACGACCAGGUGACGUGUAACUGUGACCCCGGGUACGGAGGACGCCGGUGUGAGCGCUGCGCGGCCGGCUACCGCGGCGACCCGUCGCGCGGCGAGCCCUGCAGACGAGGCGGCGAGUGUGACCCGGCCGGCUCGCUCUCCGAGGAUCCCGAUCCCAGAACUGGCCGGUGCAACUGCAAGGAGUUUGUGACCGGACGCCUCUGUGACCAGUGCGUCCAGAGAGCCUUCUACCUGAGUCCCAGCAACCAGUACGGCUGCAUCAACUGCUUCUGCUCGGGCGUGACGGACCAGUGCACCUCCUCCCAGUGGUACCGGCGCCAGGAGUCGGCCGUGUUUGUGACCGACACUCAGGGUGUCCGGCUGACCGACGACCUCGUGGAGGAGACCUUUGACGGCGUCAGUCUGGACCGGCGAGACCAGCAGCUGGUGUUCAAGGGCCUGGACAGGCUCGGGGACAAGCCGCUGUACUGGAGCCUUCCGGCCCGGUUCCUGGGCGAUAAGGUGACUGCCUACGGUGGCUCCCUGAGCAUCAACAUGAGCUACUCGGCUCCCAACGGGGGCCAGCCGUUCCCAGACUACCCGGACAUCGAGAUCUUCGGUAACGACGUGCGUCUGGGCCACCUGGUCUCGGGCGGUCUGCCGGCCGGCCGGCCCAUCUCGCUCUCCGUCCCCAUGGUGGAGACCGCCUGGCGUCGGGACGACGGCGGACCGGUGGACCGCGAGCACCUGCUGAUCGCCCUGGCCGACCUCGAGUACGUCAUCUUCAAGGCGGCGGACGCGCGCGGCGCCUCAGAGGCCAGGUUGUCUGGCGUGGAGAUGGACACGGCGACGCAGCGUUUCACCGGUCAGGAGCAGGCGUACGCCGUGGAGCAGUGCAGCUGUCCCGAGGGGUACCGGGGCCUAUCGUGCGAGGACUGCGAUGUCGGCUACACGAGGUCGCUGUCUGGCCUGUACCUGCGUACCUGCGUCCGCUGCAACUGCGGAGGCAGGAGUGACGAGUGCGACGCCGAGACCGGCGAGUGUCUGAAUUGCCGCGAGAACACCGACGGCCCGGAGUGUGGCGUGUGCCGCGCCGGCUACGAGGGUGACCCGAGCCGCGGUCAGCCGUGCCGGCCGCGCGCCGACCUGCCCUGCGACUGUGACCCGCGCGGCAGCAACUCCGAGCUCUGCGACGCCCGCCGACAGUGUGACUGCAAGGCGAAUGCGGAGGGUAACCACUGCGACCGCUGCCGGGCCGGCUCGUUCGGUCUGGGCACCGACCCGGCGGCCGGCUGCUCGAGCUGCUUCUGUUCGGGAGUCAGCCGGCAGUGUUCCGUAGCCCGUCUGUACCGCUCCCAGCUGCCCAUGUCCGUGCUGGGCGCUCAGCACGGCGUCACGCUCAGUAACAGCGAGGGCGUCACGAUCGUGGAGAACGGCGAGAUCGCGUUCAGCGCCGCCGACAACGAGGUCAGCUACCGGGUGGAGGCGGCGCGGCAGGCCGAGACGCUCUACUGGACGCUGCCGGACCUCUUCACCGGCGACCAGCUGAAGUCGUACGGGGGUUCGCUGAUGGUGCGGCAGCGCAUUCAGCUGCGCUCCCGCUCCGGACCCCUGCCCGACACCCUGCCCGACAUCAUCCUGUAUGGAGGAGCUGUCGAGCUGCGUCUGCGCACACCGUCCCGGCCGCAGCCGGACGGCAGACUGCACGAGUACUCGGUGCGCCUGGCGCCGGACGAGGGAUGGGUGGACGGCACCACAGGCCUGCGCGCCGACCGCGAGCUGCUCAUGACCGCUCUCAGUGACGUGGAGGCCAUUCUGGUGCGCGCCACCGUCUCACUCGGCGACGGAGAGCAGACCACCUACCUGAGCAACGCCGUCCUGGACACGGCCAUCGUCUCGAGCACGGGUGACGGCCUUGUGGAGACGAUCGAACAGUGCCGGUGUCCCCCCGAGUACGAGAGCCUCUCGUGCCAGGACUGCGCGCCGGGCCACUACCGCGCCGCCGACGACACGUGCCGCAGAUGUCCGUGCAACGGCAACGAGGUCAGCUGUGAGCUGGACGAGCGCGGCUCGGUGGUCUGCGAGUGCCGGCCCAACUUCAGCGGUCGGCGCUGUGAGAUCGAGGGCGCCAGUUCGGACGGUCGAGGCGGCAGAGGUGACCAGCCGCCAUCCGGAGACCGAUCUCGGGGUGGACAGUCCUCGUCUGGUGACCGUUCUCGGGGUGGACAGUCCUCGUCUGGUGACCGAUCUGGCGGCGGCCAGACGGGCUCCGGUGGCCGGCUGGAGCCGCUGACUGCCCCCCAAGUCACCAUCACCCCCCGGUUCCUGCGGCUGGAGUCGGGCCAGCCGGCCGAACUACGCUGUGAGGCCUCCGGCAGUCCGGCGCCGACCAUCGCCUGGAGCGGCGGACGGGACGGCCUGCUCGAGCCAGACGUAUCCAUCGUGGAGGGUUUGCUGGCGAUCGGCGCCGUCGCCAAGGCGCACGAGGCCGAUUACUUGUGUACGGCCACCAACGAGGCCGGCACCAUCUCCGUCCGCACCAUUAUCUACGUCAACGAGGCCCGCGAGCCGACAUCGACCGACAGAAGGGACGAGAGACGAGACGAGAGACGGGACGAGAGACGAGACGAGAGACGGGACGAGAGACGGGACGACCGCCGAGAGCAGUCGGGAUCUCGUACCUCCUCGGGCCGGCGGGUUGAGAGGCUACAGGUGGCCGUGUCCCCGUCUCGGGAGCAGCAGGUAAACGCCGGAGAGUCAGUGUCCAUCCAGUGUCUGCCCGUGGAGGGCUCGCCCCGGCCCCGCUCGGUGGUCUGGAGCCGCGCGGACGGACGCCCCAUGCCUGCCGGUGCUCAGACCACCCCGGACGGCACGCUGAGGUUCCCCAGUGCCACUCCGGAGGUGACCGGGGACUACAUAUGCACGGCGUCAGACGGCCUGUCCGAGGCCACGGCCAUCGCUCGGCUCUACGUGCAGACCCAGGUCGCUCCGACCAUCACACUGAACCAUCCAGACACCUACCGUGUGACCGAGGGUGAGCGGGUGGAACUCACCUGCUCUGCGUACGGCGUGCCGCAGCCGUCAGUGGCCUGGUCCUCCGCCGACUGGUCGGAGCAGUUCGGCGUGGUGGGCCGCUCCACGGGCGUGCUCGGCUCGGCGCGGCUGUCCGACGCUGGUGUGUACACGUGCACUGCUCAGAGCGCGGCCGGUCGCACAGAGCGCGUCCUGCAGCUGGUGGUCGAGGUGGCCGGCGGCGAGCGGCAGGCGGCGGCCGGCCGGCCCGCCGAGUUCGUGCCCCCACCGCCGCCGCCCGGGUCACUGGGCAAAGUGCGCACCGACCAGCCGCUGUACACGGUGCCCGUCAACGGACGCGCAGAGCUCACCUGCUUCGUCGAAGGAGCCAGCUCUCGGGUGUCUCUCACGUGGAUCCGCUCCGGCGGCCGGUCGAUGCCCGCCGAUCACUCCAUCCGCGGCGGCACGCUCUACAUCAACGCCGUGCAGAAGGAGGCCGAGGGCGUCUAUACGUGUCUGGGCAUCGGCGGCGAGGGCGUGGUGCUCUUCAGGGCCGACGCCACGCUGCGGGUCAUGGAGCCGCCGCGGAUCCAGCUGUCUCCCGUGCGUCAGGUGGUUCAGCCGGGCGACAGUGCCAGCAUCCAGUGCCUCACCACCGGCGACCCGCCCAUCGAGGUCGGCUGGAGCCGCAUUCAGCAGUCGCUGCCGGCCACCGCCUACAUCGAGAACGGCGCCCUGCUGUUCACCAGUAUCUCGGAGUCGGACGCCGGCCGCUACAUCUGUCUGGCGGAGAACCAGGCCGGCCGUGCUGAGGGCAUCGCAGAGGUCAUCGUGAGACGAGGGGCCAGUAUCGUGGCGUUUGAGCGGGACGUGCGCGCCUACCUCGGCUCGACGGUGACGCUGCGCUGCGACUCGUCCGGCUUCGAGGGCCGCAUCAGCUGGAGCCGGCCGGACGCGCAGCUGCCGGAGCGGGCCGUGGCCGACGACACAUCGCUCACUCUGACGGGGGUGGACGAGCGGGCGGCCGGCGAGUACGUGUGUUCGGUGAGGGACCGGGACGGACGCACCUUCCAGGACACCAUCUCUCUGACCGUGGAGCCGGCGCCGGCCGAGGCGCUGACCCAGGCCUGUCCGCCGACCACUCUGCCAUGCGGCUCCGGCGAGUGCCUGCCCUUCAGGUACUUCUGUGACGGCAAUAAGGACUGCAUUGACGGCUCCGACGAGACCCAGUGCAGCGUGCAGUCGGACCAGUCGGCCAACUAACGCUUCGGACGGUCACCCAGAGAUGGCGCCACCGGCGCUGUGACCCGAACCCGUCGGCGAUCGGGACCAGUCACGAGGGGGCUCACAUCUUGCCACCGCCGAGAUGUGAAAUGCUUGUGGUUUUAGCUGCGUGGGGUGAUCGCGUUGACCACCGUUUGCGGAAUGGCCGAUGUCGGUAUGUUACCACUGCCAUUUGCGUGGCUGUCGCUCUCGCUCAUGAUAUUCACUUUUUUGGCUUUGCGGAGCCAUGACAGCCGUUGAUAUUGCUCAGCUUAGGUAUUUGAAGUGCCGGCAGCAUAUUAUCUCGCUCCCGCGCCGUCUAGAGCUGGGCCCGCAUAGGCUGAUGAACACUGGAAAAUAUGCAUUGUAAACUUUUAUUUCGCUCUUGCUGUAUCGUAUAGUGUUUGCUUCCUUUACUAUAUGAUAUAUUGCAAAACACUGCCAGCCGCUUUUGGCCACUGUCCGAUAUUUGUAAUGUAACUUCGGUCUUCUUAUUACAAUGACCAAACCACAAUCGCUGGAAAAUAAAGGUAAUUGAUACCUAA